CAUGUGCUCAAACUCCCUGCAGUAACUCCUGGGCACUUGGCCCCCCUCCACUCACUCCACUGCUUCAGCUGCUGAGCGCAAUGCCACGGAGCGAAACCAGGCGCAGCGCCUGCUCCAUUUACCCAGCCAUGUGGAGGACAUGCAGUAUCUUUUGCUCAUGGUCUUUGCUAUUCCUGGCAGAAGUUUGUGCGCAGUCUCAGCAGAGAUCAGUCUUCACAUGUGGCGGAAACAUCACAGGGGACUCUGGAGUUAUUGGAAGCCAGGGUUACCCAGGAGUUUACCCCCCUAACACCAAAUGUGUGUGGAGAAUCACAGUACCUGAUGGCAAGGUGGUCGUACUGUCGUUUCGCUCCAUGGAUCUAGAGAACGACAACCUUUGUCGCUAUGACUACGUGGACGUACACAGCGGUCACAUCAACGGCCAGAGACUUGGUCGCUUCUGUGGGACCUUCAAGCCCGGAGCUCUGGUUUCCACAGGCAACAAGAUGCUCCUACAGAUGGUUUCUGAUGCCAACACUGCUGGGAGUGGUUUCUUUGCUGUUUUCUCUGCUGCUCACCCUCACGAGAGAGGUGACCAGUAUUGUGGAGGCAUACUUCAUAAACCAUCUGGGACUUUCAAAACGCCUAACUGGCCUGAAAAGGACUAUCCAGCCGGUGUUAGCUGCUUCUGGCAUAUAGUGGCACCGAAAAACCAGAUCAUCGAAGUAAGGUUUGAGAAGUUCGACGUGGAACGGGACACCUACUGCCGCUAUGACCAUGUCUCCAUCUUCAACGGGCCGGAAAUAAAUGACGCCAAAAGGAUCGGCAAAUACUGCGGCGACAGCCCCCCAGCACCAGUGUUCUCUGAGGGGAAUCACCUCCUGAUCCAGUUCCUGUCAGAUCUCAGCCUGACUGCGGAUGGCUUCAUCGGACACUACAAGUUCAGACCCAAGAAGCUGCCCAUCACCACCACACCAGCAACCACCACCACGAAGCCGGUUACCACUACACCCAUACCUCUGAAGUACUCGGUGGCCUUGUGUCAGCAGAAAUGCAAAAGACAAGGAACCCUUGAGAGCAAUUACUGCUCGAGCAAUUUUGUAAUAACAGGGACAGUCAUUACUGCGGUGAUUAGAGGAGGAAGCAUGUAUGCCACGGUCUCCAUCAUCAAUGUGUAUAAGGAGGGCAGCCUGGGAAUCCAGCAGGCAGGGAAGACGAUGAGCACCAAGAUCAUUAUCCUGUGCAAAAAGUGUCCAUUAAUCAGAAGAGGUCUUUUUUGUGUGACUUCACCAGGCUUGAACUACAUCUUCAUGGGCCAGGUGGAUGAUGAGGGCCGGGGGAAGAUCGCCCCGCACCACUUCGUCAUGGCCUUCAAGAAGAAGAACCAGAAAGGACUUAACGUUCUGAAAAACAGGCAGUGCUGAUUUUCUUUGGCAGAAGAUUUCCGUCAGACCUUUCCCACCCAAAGAGGACUCAGCUGUGGAUUGAAUCAAUUAGGAGGAAAACACAGCUCCUUCUUAAGGACACAGAGAUUAUAUAACAUCUGGCAGUGAAAAAUAAAAUAUGUAUAGCUGAUUUAAUUAAGGGUAUCUCACACUUUUGCAUAGAAUGGUGACUUUUUUCUUUAAUUGCUGGCAUUAUUAAAUUGAUAAGGCCUGCAUCCCGUUUAUAAUACAUUUCGUUAUCCUGUUGUUUCAACUUAGGUUAAUGAACAGAAAAUGAGUUAAAAUAUCUCCUUCUAUCUGCAGUUUUCUCUUAGAGAUAAAAAGGUAGCUUGUCAGAAAAAUCUUUCCUCUACAUUUUUUCUUUUUCCACAUCUGUUCAGGCAGCGAAUACUGGCACUUUCUUUUAGAAUGACUCCAGACGUAACUUUUUAUUGUUUUCAAUCAAAACUGCUAUCAAAAGUACAGAAUGGAAUGUUGAGAGUUUUGCCCAAUUGUCUUAUCAUCCAAAGGAAAUUUAUUUUUUAUUUUUUUAUGACAGUCAUCUAAAAUGCUCAUAUAUACAGUUUUGAUUGAUAUGUUUCACAUUUUAAAUGUGUUGACUGAAGUGCAAUAUUUAUUGAUUCAUGCCAAAUAAGUUUUUUGAUUUUAUAUUAAAAUAUUUACUUUUCAGUUAUGCAAACAACCAACCAAUUCAUGUCAUAUAAAUACUGUCAAUAUUAUUUUUUCAAGCAAAAACACUUUAAAUAUAUAUAAAAGUUUAUGAAUGUUAUUUAUAAAACAUUGUUUUUAUCUUACCAAAUAAAACAAUAUUUUCAUCCCUG